ACAAACUCCAUAUAUAAACACCCUCAACUCAAUUUUCUCUCCACACUCCUCCACCCUUCUUUCUCUCCCAAAUCCUCACCAUCACAACCAAAAACCAUCACAAAAAACAUCAAACAAUCAUAAAAAUGGGUGAUGAUGGAACACCAAGAGACACCUUAUUACCCCGUGCUCGAACCCAAAGAAAAUCAUUCAACAGAUUAUUAUCCCAUGCUCAUGAUGAACUCCAUAGUUUUCGUUCUUACCUUCGUUGGAUGUGUGUCGAUCAAUCAAACAUAUACACUGCAUUCUUGUCAUGGUUUGUAUUUUUAGUAUUCGCAAUCGUAGUGCCGGCAUUUUCCCAUUUUUACCUUGCCUGUCCUACUUGCGACGCCAAACAUGAUCGUCCUUAUGAUACCCUUGUGCAGCUAUCUCUAUCAAGCAUUGCAACGUUGUCAUUUGUUUGUAUUUCUCAGUUUGUACGAAAGUAUGGCUUAAGAAGGUUUUUGUUCCUUGAUAAACUUGUGGAUGAGAGUGAUUCUGUUCGACAUCAUUAUACUACAGAACUUAAUAGAUCACUGAAGAUAUUGUCUAUCUUUGUCCUCCCAUGUUUUGUAGCUGAAUGCACCUAUAAAGUAUGGUGGUACUCUUCUGGGUCCUCUCAAAUUCCCUUCUUGGGUAACAUCAUCUUGAGUGACAUUGUAGCAUGCUCAUUGGAGCUGAUCUCUUGGCUCUAUAGAACAUUAGUCUUUUUCCUGGUGUGCGUCCUCUUUCGUUUGAUCUGCUACCUCCAGAUCCUACGGCUGAAGGACUUUGCCACCGUAUUCCAAGUAGAUUCAGAUGUCGGGUCUGUUUUGGUGGAACACCUUCGGAUCAGGAGGCACUUGAGGAUCAUAAGCCAUCGUUAUCGUGCAUUUAUCUUAUAUGCCUUGACAAUUAUCACUUCAAGCCAAUUUGCAGCCCUGCUGUUCACCACCAAAAACCAUGCAGAUAUGAGCAUUUUCAGAGCUGGAGAGCUUGCUCUAAGCUCCAUGACUCUAAUGACCGGACUUGCAAUAAUAUUGCGAAGUGCUACAAAAAUAACACACAAAGCUCAGGCUGUCACCGCUCUUUCUACCAAGUGGCAUGUUUGUGCAACAAUUGACUCCUUUUUUACCACCUCUGAGACCGAAACACCAGUAGCCCAGAACACCAGUACUGGUGGUGCAGCAAGUCCAGGUUUCUUUGAUGCUAGAAGUGGAGAUUCAGAUGAAGAUGAAGCUGGAUCAGAAGAGGAUGAUGUUGAUAACACCAAGUUUCUCCCUGCUUAUGCCUACAGCUCAAUCGGUUUCCAGAAACGACAAGCUCUUGUGACAUAUUUUGAGAACAACAAAGCUGGAAUCACAGUUUAUGGAUUCAUGUUGGAUCGAACUUGGCUUCAACUCAUUUUUGGUAUCGAGUUAUCCUUAGUACUUUGGCUGCUCGGAAAAACCAUUGGUAUCUAACAGACAAAAGCAUCAUCAUUUGGCAAGCAAGAUAAUCCAACCUUUGCUUCUCUGAUCUUAUGGUCCUUCAUUUCUUAGAAGCUCUUUUGCCAUCAGUCGGAGUGAGUGAGGGUGGCGAGGAGGCGGCUGGUUUGACAGUCUUAGUUUGGUCCUCCUGCCAAGAGACACCAUUGAGUUCGUUAUAGUGAGUUUCUCCAUGUUGUGCACCUAACCGCAAUUCUUUCACAUCAUCAUCCAUUUGUAGAUUCUAAAGCCUUGUUUGGUUUGAUUCUUGUACUUAAGCAUCUUCACAACGACAUAUGAUUUGUACUUUCUUCCGGAAGAUAUUAGGCUUGUCAUCAUUUAUUUAUUUGUGUAAAUUAUUGGGAACAGAACAAGUGGUUUAUUUUUGUAAGUUGGUUGUAAGCUCAUAUUAUCAAGUUGCAAUAUCAUCGAGUAUUUGUUCUUCCUUU